GUGAGAACUUGUCAAGACGUCUGGGUGAGAGGGACCAGAGCAGAGCAGAAGCCAGAUGCCAAAACAGAGACAACAGAAGUUCCAGCAGCUGACUGGAUGAGACAGGGGGAGACCUGGCCUGCCACUUCAAAAGUGCCUGUGGAAAUACCCUAAUUCUAUCACCUUUAACCACACCGAGCAGCUGGAUUAAACUAAAGUGAGGAAGAAAGGCCAAGAGACCAAGCAGAGACUCCAGAGGACAGAGAACAAAGAACACGAGGUGGAAUGUCAAAUGAUGAAAACAAACUGGGAUGAGCCGGAGCUAUAGGCUUUCUUCUCCUCCUGCAUCAAGAUCCGAAUCAUCAUAAGUGGAGGAUUUCAAAGAAAAUCUUCUCAUAAACAACUGAUCUGUUGGUUUCUCAGAUUCGAGUUAAAAAAAAUAAAAAAAGCUUUGGUCUCGUAACCUCUCGGAGGAGGCGUGCAUGAAGUUGCCCUCCCUGCCCCCAGCUCUCUAAUCUAACACAAACACCACAAUCCCAAGCACAUACACAAUCAUCACACCCUCAUCAGAUAUAGCUGUGUUGACAGGAAAAUAUCUAAACUCCAAUCUGUGGGUUGGUCCCACUGAAGAGAGCUGGUAUAGGAAACACAGCAUCAGAGGUCAGGGCUGAGUCACUGGCAAAAACCUGACAACUGUGUCGGCGGAUGUUGCAGGAUUCAAGCCAGUUUUUUUGUUGGAUUCAGAAUCAUCCUCGUAAUAUAUUCAACAAACUCUCCAGAUGGCUCGAUGAUGACUUUUUGAUGACUGAGGAUUUAUUUUUAAAGGUCUUUUGUGAACUUGCUGCUCAGAUGACUCAAGGAGAAAAUCUUGAAGUUAUCAGCAACUAAUGUUAAAAGUUGGAAAUCUGGGGUGACCUGAAAGUAAAAACUCAGCACAUGAAACUUAAUUGGCUGAACCAGAUUAAGCAAAAUAGCUGUAAGCUUUAAUUACAGCAUGUCUUAAUUGUUUCGGUGAAGGUGCUGUGUCACAAGCAGCCUAAUAUUUUUCCUUAUAAACUUCACGACCCAAUUAAGAGUUUAUUAAAACUUUGCAAGUGGUGCCAGCCAGCUAGACUCAAUAAAAGGAGUCACAAGUUGAUAUCCUGAAGCCAUGGCUGAGAAGACAGACAGCAUCCUGGAUUUUUUCAAUCAGCUUUGGAGCUUUGCUACAGAUAAACACAACCAGGGUGUCUAUAACACCGUCUGCCUGGUGGUUCUCCUGGCUCUUCCCCUGCUAGUCCUCCUCACUUCUUUGGUGGUAUGCUGCCACUGCUGCUGCUGUCGUCAUGCCAACUGCUGCUGUUGCUGCCGUGAAGACGCCACAACAACAGCCAAGUCGGAAACUAAGAAGAAGAAAAACGCAGCAAACACCGAGGACUUGUGGAUAUCUGUCAAAACCGGGCCGAUGACGCCCGACAGGGUCGCCCUGGCCAUGGUGUAAGGAACAUUUUUAAAAAUCCCUCCUGGAUUAGCUGAUCUUGACUGAUGGAAUAAAGCAAACGGAUUGUCUUAAAAGUGCGACUCAAACUAUCUUGGAGACAGAAAUACUCAAAGUAAUGGAAAGGACUUGUAAUGGACAUAUGUCUGGUUUAAAUAUGUAAACAGUGUACAGAGACUUGUCAUUUUGUAUUCACGUGAUGUAGGGUGUGUAGGUUUUAUGGCAAUGUUUACAGCGCUUUUAUGAUGUUUUUUAUUGCAUGGUACACAGAGGAAGGAGAAAUAUGCCACACAGAGGCACAUGAGGUAUUAGAGACAUGUAAGUGGUGGUUUGUGUGUGUGUGAUAGAGAUGGAAAAAGAUGCCUGUGUGUGCUUGUGUCUUCAGGCUUGUGUGCGAGUGUGUGUGUCUGAGAGAGGCAGUGUUAGUGAGAGCACUUUGUUCUGUAGAGCUUCCAUGUGAAAUUCAUUGCCUCUACAUUUGGGAGAUAGAGCCAAUUUAAGGACUGCCUGGUGUUCAGAGGGCUGUUAUAUUGCCUAGUUUCUACAUUCAGGUUGCAAUCUAGAGUUGUGAUUCCCUGACAGGAAAAUGACUCCCUUUUUUUUCUGAUAGGUUAAAGCCAUCGAGUUCCAAGAAGUCAAAUUCAUUGUAGUUAGAUUGAAAACUAUAACUCCCUCUUUCAUGUUGAUUAUUCUUUUUUUUCUUCCUCCAUUUUCUUGCUUUAUCUACUUAAUAGAGUGAUUCAUAGCUGCAUUAGAGGACUGUAUAGUCCAGAUGAAAGGCACUUAUCCUCCUUAAAUAUUCAUUUCAUUUUUGAGAAUCUCUCAGUGUUCACGUCAAGAGAGCCUCAAGAACUAUUCAAAGCUAUUUUAACUUACAUACAUUUUUUUUUGGAAAUAUCUUAACCUAUGAGAGAGAAGUGAAAUACUGGGAUAAUUAAAUGCUUUGGACUUCAAGUGGAUUGCACUGGCAGCUCCUCUUUCUUUCUUUUUUUUUUCCGCUGUGUGACAUCUCAAAGCCCAAUUAAGCAGAGGCAUCUUAGCAGUAUGAUCAUCUUUAUGCAUUAGCUUAUACUGGCACUGAGAUGAUCUCACUCAAGUGCUUUUGGGAAAACAGGCCCCUACUCAUUUCAUUACUGUUCAGACAGACCCAUCCCACAUGGAAAUUGGGGUUUGUCUGUUCUCCUUCAUGUUUAGUGAGAAAAAAAAAAAAUCACACUUGUGCUGCAUAAUCUGAAUUGAGCUUGCAAUUUAAAACGAAGCCUCAGUUGCAUUGCCCAAUCCCCCAUCAGUGCCACCGCCAGGACUUAGGGGCUUUGCAGA